CGGUCCCUCCAGGCCACUGGACCUGCAGUGUCUCCGCGGGUACUCAAACCAGCUCAGGACCGUGCGGGAUCGGGGGUCCCGAGCCCCGGGGUUGGGGCGGCUUCUGGGCAUUGGAGCCUGGGGCUGAGACUAUCCAGAGAGUGACGGCGGCUGGCCGGCGCCAGUGAUAAAAUACGAGGCCCAGCCUAGUGCCAAGGGGUCAGAAAUAGGUGGGGGCAGAGAGGAGAACUCCCUGAGAGCCACAAACUGGAGAAUAGACGCCCCUUGGCUAGUCUAGGGGCUUGUCUGGAGGAGGCCCAGGAUCACUAAGGAAGCAGAACUAGCGGUAGUAUAGGAAACAGCCUGUGUGAUGUCACAGAGCCGGGAGCACUGCAAGGUGCAGGGGACGACUUUCCGUGAAGAAAGAGAAUGUCAUAUCAAUGGAAUCAUAUGCUGUGUAACCUUUUGAGACUUGCUUCUGUCACUCAGCACAAUGCCUUUCAGACUCAUCCAUCUUGUGUAUAUGAGAAGUCUGGACCUAAAGCCAACAAAUCAACAGUAAAGCAGCAGGACAUUUUCAACGAAGGUUCAUUCCAAGGAAUAAAGAUGGAAGAAAUUACAAAGAGAAAGUCUUUAUUGGGAGAAACCUGGAAAUCUAGAGGCCAGUUUAAGAAUCAGCACCUAAACCAGGAGAAUUAUCUGGGACAAGAUAUACUCACCUGCAUGGAAAUUCCUGCCAAAGAAAGAGAUAUAGAGUCUAAUGAAUUUGGAAAAGGUUUCAGUAUAAGAUCAGUAGUUGUUUUGGAGCAGAAUGAUCCUGUAGGAGAGUGUUGUCAUGAAUAUGGUACACCUGGAAAAAUAUUCCAACAAAACUCAGAUUUAAUUAGACAGAAGAAGUGUGAUGGAAAGAAACCUUGUAAAUGUAGUGAAUGUGGGAAAACCUUCAGAGACCACACUACUCUUAUUCAGCAUCAAAGAACUCAUACUGGAGAGCGACCCUAUAAAUGUAAUGAAUGUGGAAAGAGGUUUAACCAGAGUUCCCACUUAACAAACCAUCAGAAGACUCAUACAGGAGAAAAGCCCUACAAAUGCAAUGAAUGUGGGAAGGCCUUCAGUUAUUGCUCAGUCCUUAUUCAACAUCAGAGAAUUCAUAGUGGGGAGAGACCUUAUGAGUGCGUUGAAUGUGGCAAGACAUUCAGUCGUAGUACAUACCUUACUCAGCAUCAAAGAAUUCACACUGGUGAGAAACCCUAUAAAUGUCUCGAAUGUGGGAAGGCUUUUAGCCAGAGCACACAUCUUACUCUACAUCAGAGAAUUCAUACUGGAGAGAAACCUUAUGAAUGCAAUGAAUGUGGUAAAACCUUUAGUCAGAGUGCACAUCUUACUCAACAUCAAAGAAUUCAUACAGGAGAAAAGCCCUAUGAAUGUAAUGAAUGUGGGAAAGCCUUCAGUGAUCACUCAGCUCUUAUUCGACAUCAUAUUGUCCAUACUGGCGAGAAACCUUAUGAAUGUAAUGACUGUGGGAAAGCUUUCAGUUACUGUUCAGACCUUAUUCAACAUCAAAGAAUGCAUACUGGAGAGAAACCAUACAGAUGCAAUGAAUGUGGGAGUUCCUUUAGUGAUUGUUCAGCCCUUAUUCAGCAUCAAAGAACUCACACUGGAGAGAAGCCCUACGAGUGUAAUGAAUGUGGGAAAGCUUUUGGUAACUACUCAGCUCUUAUUCGACAUCAAAGAAUUCAUACCGGAGAGAAACCCUAUGAAUGUAAGGAAUGUGGAAAAGCCUUCAGCAGAAGUACAUACCUUACUCAACAUCAGAGAAGUCAUACAGGAGAGAAACCAUAUAAAUGUAAUGAAUGUGAGAAAAGUUUCACCCAGAGUUCAUUCCUGACUCAACACAUGAGAGUUCAUACUGGAGAAAAACCCUACAAAUGUAUUGAAUGUGGGAAAGCUUUUAGUGACCGCUCAGGGCAUAUUCAGCAUCAGAGAACUCACACUGGAGAGAAGCCCUAUGAAUGUAAUGAUUGUGGGAAAGCUUUCAGUUUCUGUUCAGCUCUUAUUCAGCAUAAGAGAGUUCAUACUGGGGAGAAGCCCUAUAAAUGCAAUGACUGUGGAAAAGCCUUCAGUGAUCGGUCAGCACUUAUUCAACAUCAGAGAACUCACACUGGAGAAAAGCCCUAUAAAUGUAAUGUAUGUGGAAAAGCCUUCAGUCAGAGUACAAACCUCACAAAUCACCAGAAAACUCAUACUAGUGAAAAAUCUUAUAAAUGUAAUGAAUGUGGGAAAGCUUUUAGUUACUGUUCAGGCCUUAUUCAACAUCAGAUGACUCAUAGUGGAGAGAAACCUUAUGAAUGCAGUAAAUGUGGGAAAGCCUUCAGCUGGAGGACAGACCAUAAAAAACAUCAGAAAACUCAUACUGAAGAGAAACUCUACAAAUGUAAUGAGUGUGGGAAAGCCUUUAGCCAGAGCACAUAUCUUACAAAACACCAGAAAAUUCAUAGUUGAGAGAAAGCAAAUACACAUACUGAAUGUAGGAAAACCUUCAGACAAAACUCUUCUGUUCCGCAUGAAAAACCUCACACUGGAGAGAAGUCCUCUGAAUACCUUGGGAGUUUGGCCAGUAUGGUGACUCUUCCCAAGGAAACAGAAGGAGGAUCUUGAAAACUGUCAGCUACCUAGAGUGGCCACAUGGCUUAGUGGAAAGAGCACAAU